CCUCCGUGAGUCAGAGUGACGCAGACUGCGAGGUCUACAAGAAACCAACGCAGCCGGAUUCCGCUGCGCUCCGUCCACAGAAGAGGCAGAGAGAAAAAGAAAUAAUAAUAAUAAUAAUAAUAGUGUGAACUAACACUUGUGUGCUGUAAAGAUGACGAAAGAGGACGCAGUAGAAGUGGAGGACGCCCAGCCAGCCUCGGGAUUUCAGAGCCCGGUUGUGGAGAUGAGGAAGAAGCCCGUGGUGCACCGCUCUGCUCCGGCACCGCUCCCCAAGGACUACGCCUUCACCUUUUUCGACCCCAACGACCCUGCCUGCCAGGAAAUUCUGCAUGACCCGCAGACCACCAUCCCAGAGCUCUUUGGUAUCAUCAGACAGUGGGUGCAGCAGGUGCAGCACAAAAUCGACAUCAUUGGAAACGAGAUUUUAAACAGAGGCUGCCACGUGAACGAUCGAGACGGACUCACAGACAUGACUCUGCUGCACUACGCCUGCAAGGCAGGCACUCAUGGCGUUGGUGACCCGGCCGCAGCGUUGAGGCUGACCAAUCGGCUGAUUGCCCUGGGCGCUGACGUCGGUCUGCGAAGCCGCUGGACAAACAUGAACGCGCUGCACUACGCGGCUUACUUUGACGUACCUGAGCUCAUCAGGAUCUUACUGAAAGGGUCAAAGCCAAGAGUGCUGAACUCCACAUGCAGCGAUUUCAACCACGGGACUGCCCUGCACAUCGCUGCCUCCAACCUGUGCCUGGGAGCUGUGAAGUGUCUGCUGGAACACGGUGCCAACCCCACCGUCCUGAACAGCAAGGGUCAGGGCCCUUCUGAUGUGGUUCCGGACCCCAUGGACAUGACCCUGGACAAGGCAGAGGCCGCCAUGGUGGCCAAGGAGCUGAAGCAGCUGCUGCUGGACGCUGUGCCUCUGAGCUGCAACCUGCCCAAGGCCACCCUGCCCAACUACGACAACAUCCCAGGGAACCUCAUGCUGACCUCUCUGGGGCUGAAGCUGGGAGACCGGGUGAUGCUGGACGACCUCAAGCCUCCCCCAAAACCGUGCAGUGAUGUCACUACUUUGGUGCCACACGUAAAGCAGACCGCGACGCUUCGUUUCUGCGGGACCACGGAGUUCGCCAGCGGUCAGUGGGUGGGAGUGGAGCUGGAUGAGCCAGAGGGCAAGAACGAUGGGAGCGUGGGCGGGGUCCGCUACUUUAUCUGCCCCCCCAAACUUGGGAUCUUUGCCCCGCUGUCUAAAAUCAGCAAGGUCGUGACAGACCAGACCCCGUCUUCCGUGACCUCCACCCCCAGGACCCCCCGCAUGGUCUUCUCCCAUGUCACCAGCAAGACCAAGAAGGAGAAGAAAGAGAAAGACAGAAAGAAGGCUCUGCGGACGAAAUCCUUGUCGGUGGGCAGCCUGGAUUGCGAAGGGUUAAAGAUCGAACUGGGGGAUAAAGUUCUGGUCGCCGGGCAGAAGCAAGGAAUCGUCCGUUUCUACGGGAAGACGGAUUUUGCUCCGGGUUACUGGUUUGGUGUGGAACUGGAGGUGCCCACUGGGAAGCACGACGGUUCUGUAUUUGGGGUCCGGUACUUUACCUGCCUGCCGAAGCACGGGGUCUUCGCGCCCCCCUCUCGAGUGCAAAGACUUGGCGGUCCCAAAGACUCUCAAAGUGACGACGCACUAGUUAAGAAAGUCCACCAAGUAACUAUGUCUCAGCCCAAGCGUAACUUUGCCGCAGUGAGAACCCCCAAGGAUAUCGCUUCAGAGAGCUCUCUCUCCAGAUUGCUGUUCUGUUGUUGGUUUCCUUGGAUGGUCCGAGCUGAGAUGCAGUCCUAACCACUCUCCCUCUCUCUCUCUCUUCCUCUCGGUGACCGUCUUUCAUUUCUGCUUUUCGGGAGAACCAACCAAGACUGUUGCCGUGAUAUAUUACUUGCCGUAGAAUCCCUGUGGUCUCAGUCCUAUAGCAAAUC